GGCGGGGAAGUCGGCAUUCAGGAGGGAGCGAUUUUUAUGCUGACAUGUAUCUGGGGCAAAAACACAAACAGAAAUAGCACCGGCAACUGGGCGGGGGAGGCAUGAGAAGAGGGCAGCGAUUAAAUCACUGGCAACUGGGAGAGGACGGGGGGGCCGUAAUUAAACCGCCAUCAAGGGAAGGCCGAGCGCGCUCCUGAUUGCCCUGUCAACGGGAGUCACGUGUCCACACCGGCGAUCACGUGGUCCCGGCUGGAAACAGCUGGAGCUGAACAGCAGCCAUGGCCAUUAAAUUUUUAGAAGUCAUCAAGCCAUUUUGUGCUGUUCUACCUGAAAUCCAGAAACCGGAAAGAAAGAUCCAGUUCAGGGAAAAAGUAUUAUGGACAGCUAUCACACUCUUCAUUUUCUUAGUAUGCUGUCAGAUACCAUUGUUCGGCAUCAUGUCAUCAGACUCAGCUGAUCCAUUCUAUUGGAUGAGAGUCAUACUGGCGUCCAACAGGGGUACCUUAAUGGAACUGGGUAUCUCUCCAAUUGUAACCUCUGGUCUAAUUAUGCAGCUACUGGCUGGAGCAAAGAUCAUCGAAGUUGGUGACACGCCAAAAGAUCGAGCACUAUUCAAUGGAGCUCAAAAGUUAUUUGGGAUGAUUAUCACUAUUGGUCAGGCUAUAGUAUACGUAAUGACAGGCAUGUAUGGUGAUCCAGCAGAGAUGGGGGCUGGCAUUUGUCUACUCAUCAUUAUACAGCUGUUUGUUGCUGGGUUGAUAGUCUUGUUGCUGGAUGAGCUGCUGCAGAAAGGCUAUGGUCUGGGAUCUGGCAUUUCCCUCUUCAUUGCCACAAAUAUCUGCGAAACCAUUGUCUGGAAAGCUUUUAGCCCUACCACCAUCAAUACUGGCAGGGGCACUGAAUUUGAGGGUGCAGUGAUCGCACUCUUCCAUCUGCUGGCGACUCGACAAGACAAGGUUCGAGCUUUGCGGGAAGCUUUCUACCGACAGAAUCUGCCCAAUCUUAUGAACCUCAUUGCCACUAUAUUUGUGUUUGCUGUUGUUAUCUACUUCCAGGGAUUCCGCGUGGAUCUACCCAUCAAGUCUGCUCGCUACCGUGGACAGUACAGCAGCUAUCCCAUUAAGCUGUUCUAUACAUCUAACAUCCCUAUCAUACUUCAGUCUGCUCUUGUAUCCAACUUGUACGUUAUCUCUCAGAUGUUGUCUGUUCGAUUCAGUGGCAACUUCUUGGUCAACCUGCUGGGCCAGUGGGCUGAUGUAAGUGGAGGUGGGCCAGCUCGCUCAUACCCUGUCGGUGGGCUCUGUUAUUAUCUUUCACCUCCGGAGUCUAUCAGUGCUGUGUUUGAUGAUCCCAUCCAUGUCGCUGUUUACAUCAUCUUCAUGCUCGGAUCAUGUGCGUUCUUCUCCAAGACCUGGAUCGACGUUUCUGGUUCUUCCGCUAAGGAUGUUGCUAAACAGCUGAAAGAGCAGCAGAUGGUAAUGAGAGGCCACAGAGAAACCUCAAUGGUCCAUGAACUCAAUAGGUAUAUUCCUACAGCAGCUGCUUUUGGUGGGCUUUGCAUCGGAGCACUUUCAGUCCUCGCAGAUUUUCUGGGAGCCAUUGGAUCUGGAACAGGAAUCCUACUUGCUGUUACUAUUAUCUAUCAGUACUUUGAAAUCUUUGUGAAAGAACAAGCUGAGGUUGGAGGCAUGGGUGCAUUAUUCUUUUAAAUUGCCAAACUUUGAAGAAUUUACUUACUUAUGGAAAAGGGAUUUUUUUUAAUGUUAUGCACUGUCUUCUGUAUGAAGUUUUGUUUUUGUUUUUGCUUAUCCACUUAAAACCUUUCUCCCCUCCCCCCAGCUGUCUUUGUACAGCAUACUGUUCACUGCCUUCACUCUUAACACUCCAGUACUAGCUAGCAUCAUCAGUACUAAGUAGUGCUUUCUGAUGCUUUAUUACUGUCACAAUAUCUGCAGUACAGAUGUAUUUAAUAAGCAUGUCUGUUCCAUUUUGUCUGUCUUCUCAUAAACAGAAGAAAUUUGGAAAAGUUAAAUUAUGAUUUUCAAAAUGCUAGAUGAAAUAACUUUGUUUUAGAUGUGAAAUUGACUCUUCAUUUUAGCACAUCAUAAUUUUUAAAAUUCUAAGUUACAAUCUUCUUUCCCUGAUGUAUGCUUGAACUGGCAUUUUGAAAUUGCCUGAGCUUGUCUGGAUUUGAGGCUGAAACCAUUUUUCCUGUAUCUGGCAAUCUGUGCCAAACGUAUUCAUGUAAAUUAUUCAUAAAACAGUAGUCCAUAUGAAUGUGCAUUUGUAUGAAGACAUACACUACAGUUCAUUAUUUAUUAUAUACUGAUAUAGAAGUUAAAAAGUCAAAAGUAUUAAAUAAAUGUAUUGAUGCCUGAACAGGUAGAACUUGUGUUAAAAGUGUACACUUUGGGAUAUUGAGACCAUUAUGGUAAUCUUAUAAGUUGAUGCUUUUAAUGAUUUCAGUAAAGUUAGGGAUGACACAACAGUUUGAGU